ACUCCCGUUCCUUCAGUUGCCUCCUCAACUACAUCGCAAACUGCCUCACCAACCACAGCAACAACCUUCACAACUUCAGUAGAAAGAAACUGUACUGAUGUCAAUCCUGCACGAAAGCCUGGAGAGGAGUGGAUAAAUGAAUGCCAGAAGUGUGUCUGUGACUCACUCACUGCUACUGUGCAAUGCCAGCCGCUCCCAUGCCAAACAGCUCAGCAAACAAUUUGUGACCUAGGAUUUGUUUCCAUGCCUGUACUACCACAAAAAGACCCAUGUUGUCCUGAAUUUGAAUGCCAACCAGUACCUGAUGUCUGUGUGAUUAAUGGAACACUGUACACGGUUGGAAAGUCAGUAGUAAUCGAUUCAUGUAAGAAGUGUACUUGCAGUUCUGAGAAAGAUCCAGAGACUAAUGCAAACAUUGUGCAUUGUGAAACAAUUCAGUGUGAGACAUCUUGCCCAUUGGGUUACCAAUACAUGACUGAGGAAGGACAGUGCUGUGGGAAGUGUAUUGAAGUAGCUUGCAAAGUCAAACUCAGUAACAACACUGUUCAUGUGCUCAAUGUUAAUGAGAUCCUGCCACUCGAUCAAUGCAGCCAUUACAAAUGUGAAAAAAUUGAAGAUCAGUUUGUUGCAGUCCAAAGUAAAAAAGUAUGCCCUGAGUACGACCCCGAAGAGUGUGAUCCUGACGAAGCAGAGAUUACAUCUGAUGGCUGCUGCAAAAUAUGUAAACCUAAAAACUGCAAGCCUUACACCAAGGAAACUGUGAUUCGCCAUGCUGACUGCGAGUCUUCUGAACCUGUUGAGCUGUCAUAUUGUGAAGGAACUUGUCCUGGCUCCUCAAUGUACUCUCUUGAAGCAAACCAGAUGGAACAUAAGUGUGGUUGCUGCCAGGAACUCCGUACCCAAACAAGACAAGUGACCCUGACUUGCCAAAAUGGAACCAGCAUAAAUUAUAGCUAUCUCUACGUGGAAAACUGCCAGUGUGUGAAUAGUUGCUCUUCACAAACUACUGCAGAACAGGACUCCCAAUUCCAAAAAUCUGCAAAAUACAGCUCCCAGUUGCAACAGGCUGUAUCACUUGGUUCCCAAUGGCAACUCAGCUGAGGAUAUGAUCAUUUGAAAAAGAAAGCAGAGACCCCUAGGGAAGCUGGAAUCAUGUCUUCCCCAGAAUAACUUGUGCUCCUUCUUUAACAUUCUUUUUUUCAUGUCUUACUUGUAAAAAUAAUUAAAAAAAAAAUCUAUUAAAUUGUA